ACUAUGCAAGCUGUAAAUCUACCAACUUUUUCUUCAUUUCAUCAUCAUCAUAAUCUUCUUUCUUUCUUUCUUUCACUACAAACCCAAAAAUGUCACCCAAAACGACAUCGUUUUACUGGUGGACAACAAAACAAACACACAGAGGUACACCAGUAGUAAUCAAAAUGGUUGAGCUUCAAGACGACGACGACGACCCAUCUCAAGAAGAUGACCAUUUCCUAAACGACACCGUUUCAUCGUCAUCUUCAUCAAAUAAUCAUAACAACAAAACAAAACAUAAGAAAAAUGCUAAACAGCUUACAUGGGUCUUACUUCUUAAAGCCCACCGUGCCGCCGGCUGUUUAACAUCCAUCGCCGCCGCCACAUUUUCCAUCAUCUCCGCCGUCCGCCGCCGUCUUUCCACUGGCCACACUGACACCACCACAACAACCAAGACAAAAACAUCUGCAUUUUUCUACACGUGUAUAAAAAUGUUUCUGUUUUUGUCUGUUUUUUUACUUGGGUUUGAAAUAUGUGCUUAUUAUAAAGGGUGGCAUUUCGGAGCUCCGGAUUUAAAGGGGUUGUUUAAUAUGGUUUAUGCGAAAUGGGUUUUGAUCCGGGUCGGGUAUCUUGCCCCGCCGCUACAGUUCUUGGCAAAUAGUUGUAUCUAUCUGUUUUUGAUACAGAGUUUGGAUAGAUUAGUGUUGUGUUUGGGUUGUUUUUGGAUCAGGUUUAAAAAGAUUAAACCCAUACCAAGUAAUUUGGGAAUCAUUCCUGAUGUUGAAUCUGGUGAUGAUCUUAAUAAAUAUGGGUUUUGUCCUAUGGUUCUUGUUCAGAUUCCCAUGUGUAAUGAAAAAGAGGUGUAUCAGCAAUCAAUAGGGGCGGUAUGUAAUUUGGAUUGGCCAAAAUCAAGGAUUUUGAUACAAGUUUUGGAUGAUUCGGACGACCCAAUGACCCAAGUUUUAAUCAAAGAGGAAGUCGAUAAAUGGAGUGAAGAUGGUGUGAAUAUUAUUUACAGACACAGGGUGAAUAGAGAAGGGUAUAAAGCUGGUAAUCUUAAGUCUGCAAUGAAUUGUAGUUACGUUAAAGAUUAUGAGUUUGUUGUAAUCUUUGAUGCUGAUUUCCAACCCAUGCCCGAUUUCCUCUUACGAACAGUUCCCCAUUUCAAGGAUAAUGAGAAAUUAGGUUUGGUGCAAGCAAGAUGGUCAUUUGUAAACAAGGAGGAGAAUCUGCUAACAAGAUUGCAACACAUAAAUUUAGCCUUCCAUUUUGAAGUUGAACAACAAGUGAAUGGAAUUUUCUUGAACUUUUUUGGGUUCAAUGGAACUGCGGGAGUGUGGCGGAUUAAGGCCUUGGAGGAUUCCGGUGGGUGGUUGGAAAGAACUACUGUUGAGGACAUGGACAUUGCUGUUAGGGCUCAUCUUCACGGAUGGAAAAUGAUCUUUCUUAAUGAUGUCGAGUGCCAAUGUGAAUUGCCCGAAUCAUAUGAAGCUUACAGGAAGCAGCAACAUAGAUGGCAUUCCGGGCCUAUGCAGUUGUUUAGACUCUGCCUGCCCGACAUUAUCAGAUCCAAGAUCAGCAUUUGGAAGAAAGCCAACUUGAUAUUCCUCUUCUUUCUCUUAAGAAAACUAAUCCUGCCAUUUUACUCAUUCACACUUUUUUGCAUCAUUCUUCCUAUGACCAUGUUCGUACCCGAGGCUACACUUCCUGCAUGGGUCGUCUGUUACAUUCCUGCCACCAUGUCAUUUCUCAACAUUCUCCCAUCUCCAAAAUCUUUCCCCUUUUUGGUCCCUUAUUUACUCUUUGAAAACACAAUGUCAGUAACCAAAUUCAAUGCCAUGAUAUCGGGUCUAUUCCAACUUGGGAGUGCCUAUGAAUGGGUUGUGACCAAGAAAUCGGGCCGCUCCUCUGAGGGGGACCUAAUGUUAAUAACUGAGAAAAAUGAGGGGAGUGAGUUAGAGAAAGAGAUGAAAGGAAGAGAGAAAAAGGUUAAGAAAAAGAAGCAUAAUAGGAUAUAUAAAAAGGAGUUGAUGUUAGCUUUCCUAUUAUUGACCGCGUCGGCUAGAAGCCUUUUAUCAGCUCAGGGAAUCCAUUUUUACUUUUUGUUGUUUCAAGGAUUGUCGUUCUUGCUUGUCGGGCUUGACUUGAUUGGUGAGCAGAUCGAGUAAGAACACAGCUAUGUGAAAAUAUUGUAAGUGAUAAAGAAGUUAAAAAGGAAGAAAAGAGAAGUGCAAACAAACUUAAUUGCAGAAAUGAUCUUUAGAGUUUAUGCGAUAUAUCCUUCCAGGUAGAUAGGCAUUGAUGUUUGUUCACCCUCUGCCCCUUGUUAAAGGAAAUUUAGCUGCUAACACGAGAUUCUUAUGUAAACGUUUAACCCUUUAGUUUUGGUCAAUUCUUUUGUAACAUCAUUUGUUUUAGUAAAUAAUCGGUACACACGGAGCUACUAGUGUUGAUAAUCCUUUA